UGCCCCGUGGUUUGAUGGGAGUCGGAGUCAGAAAGGAUUCAGUAGCAUACUUCCUGCUUUAACGAGGAACACCGAGAUAUUGCAACUGCUGACUGAAAAGUUGUUCGUCUGCCAACAGUCUCACCUCGAAGAGGCAGAAGUGAAUAAGACAGAAUGUCUUUGAUGGAGCAUGGGGUAGUCCGGCCAGUUACAUCAGUGGCGUGGACCUCCAACUCCAGCACCUGCCCCAAAGAUUUCACGCUGAUCAGCCUCACAGAAGAUGGAGCGGCAGCAAACUUUACACGCAGCUUUGCGAUCAAGUCUGGAUAUUACCUCUGUUACAGCAAGGACUUGACGGGGGGUAUGGUAGUGUCAGACAUUCAGCUUAUUUCAGACAAGAACUCUAUUCCUCAUGGUUAUUGCUAUAUAGCAGAGCACCUCGAAGCAAAGGCCUCUGUGUGGAAGAAGAAACGGGUGUGUGUAAGCAUUGUCCCGGUGGGCAGUGUGGACACAGCUGUGUUGGAUAUCAAAGUGACAGCCAAAAGCAAAAUGAUGUUGCAGCACUACACAUAUGUGGGAGAUAUCCAUGGCUACGUGUUGUGGUGCAGAAAGGGAAAUUUUUCCAAUCCGACGCCCCAAGCCAAGCCCCGCAGUGUCAGCCUGGACCUCCACAAACUUUCGUUUGAGCAGCCAUCUGCUCCGCUGCCACUAAGACCCAGCAACCCCAUUCCUCCACUGCCAAAUAAUAAACUGAGUCAGAGACGCCACACCCUUCAAACCCAGGUCAACUUGGACAAAACGGCUGACUGCAGCAUCCAGGGAAUCACAGCUCUGGAUGGAGUUCCCUUUAGCCUUCACCCAAAGUUUGAUAUCCAGGCAAACGGCACAGCACUUCAACUUGGCUCUCAAUUAAACAACAUCCGUAUAAAGUCUAUUCAAGACAUUGAAAAUGAGUAUAACUACACUUUUGCUGUGGAGGAAACUGCUGCCAAGAGGACCAGACCAUCAGUGCCAACAGGAAGUGCCCCAUCAGCUCAGUGAUCCUUAAACUUUGACAAAGCAACAAUAAUAGACCUGUGUGUUUUGCUCUGUCAAAAGGUGUUCAGCAUCUCGCAUCAUGGUACAGGUGAAGGAUGAUAACGCCUACAUGUACACUGUAGGAUUAUAAUAUGAGGCUUUAAGUGGAAAUGAUUUACGGUUAGUUAAAAGGUCAUUAAUGGGCACUACCCUUCUACGUAGGACUGAUAAUCAUACUUCAAAGAGUUUGGCGGUUUGGUUGUAACGCCCCACUUUUCCCUCACAUUCCUUUUUAUUUGUCGAUAAUGUCAGGUCUAUACCCCAUUACCCUCUUCAACGAUUCAAGUUUCUAUUUGUCAAAGAAAAGGCCUGUUGGAAUGGAAUCAUUCUUUUAGGCAUUAGAGGGAUAAAGAUGUAAUGCAUUUACAAAACGGUAGAAUAUCUUCUGUUAGGGACUACUCAUCUUCAGCAUUAAUGGAGCAGUGUGUAGGAUUUAGGAUUUAGGAUCCAUUGGAUGAAAUUGAAAAAACAACAUUUGUAAUUAUGUUUUCAUAAGUCCAAGAAUCGUUGUGUUUCUGUUAGCUUAGAGUGAGCCCUUCAUAUCUAUAUAGGGAGCAGGUCUUCUUCCGCGGAGCCAGCCAUGUUUCCAUGCUAUGUUCCUACAGUAACCCAGAACAGACAAACCAAAUGCUGGCUCUGGUGAGGGCCUUUCAUAUUUUUACAUUACCUGAAGGCCAACGUAAGCUCUACUACAAGCUUGGAAAGGUAGGGGAGAGGGGAUGGAUAUGCUUGUGGUUACUAGGUAAGACACUGAAUCCUACACACUGGUCAAACGUUAGACUAAUUGCAUGCUAAACUGCUUUAUUAUAUCACAAAGACGCACUAGCCAUUGAAGCUGUAUACUACUUGCUCUGUUGUAUGUUACCUGAUACCCUUGAUUGCUACACAUCUUUUAGUCAUUUUAAUCAUUAAGAAUUUCUUGAGCAGAGCUGUAAUGAGCAUUGGUAGAUUAACUUCAAAGUGUAGGUGACCUCACUAAAAACACUUAUAUAUCUAAAAGUAACAUAUAUUGCAUUUCUUGUAUGAAGAGUAGCCUACACACACAGGUUUGUAUUAUUCCAAAAGUAAUAUAUCCUAAUUUUAAGAUUAAUGGAACAAGGUUGUAUCUUUAGCUAUGUUAGUCUUACUUAUGCAAAAUGUGGGGACAAAGGGGAUAGAACAUGUUUGUUUUUAACUUUCAGGUAGAAGAAAGGACCAAAUAUUUAUCUUGUCACUGUACAAAAUAUAGUUAUAUUCUGUUGUUUUCAUGAUCUGUAU